CUACAACUACAACUAUCAUAGCAUCGCAAACUAAGCUCAAAGCAAAUGUUUUGAUACAAUUGUAAGAUUAUUAAUUUGAAAUUUUAUCAAUAAAAAUUGUUACAGUUGAAAGUUUUUUAAAAUUAUUUUUGUAAUUUAUGAUUUAAUCAUAAAAAUUCUAAUUCUUUAGCACAAUGAGCAUUCGUAGUGUACUACUUUUUGCUAAAGUCAUUACAUCUGACCUGCGUGAUGUAAUGAAAGUUUCUAUAAGUAAAUAUGUCAUGGAUGAAAGAUUAACAAUGUAUUUUAAGGAAUCUUCCCAGCACUAUGUUAUUGAUACAACUAACAAAUGUAAAGAAGGAGACUAUGUUUUAAUAAGAGAAUUACCGGAGAAGAAAGGAGAAAUUACUCAUGCAAUUGAGAAGAUAAUAUAUGAGAGAGGAAAUCUUAUUGAUCCUUUAACUGGUAAAAAGUGUGCUGGACACGAAUAUAUUGAUGAUAUAAAGAGGAUAUCAGAGUUAUUCGGGAAGAAACCUUCUUAUUUAGAAUGAACCUUGCUUGUUUCUGCAUUUUGUACAUAGAAUUAGCUCAUAAAUUUUCAUAAACAUUU